UUAUGAACGGCCUCCCCGCACCCUGCUUGUGCGUGCUCCCUGGGACGCGCGCAGCACCGCGAUCCGGUGCCCGCUGUGUCCUCCGGUCAUGUGAUCAUUGCUUACUACUGAUUGGCCAAUCAGUGAUCAGUUCUGACAUCAUUGCUUACUCUACGUGUGAAAUCUGUGAAUGAUCACAGAGGUCAUAUGGUACAAGGCUAUUCACAACAGCCUUGUACAAUGUGACAAGCUGUGACCAAUCACAGCUCACUCAGUAC